GACAAAUUGAGAAGUCGUUAUGAAUUGAUUUAGAUUUUUAAAAAGAAGUAAAUACAAAUGAAUAAGAAAAUAUUCGAUAGCGACAUCAAUUUCGAUUGUGCGGAUUUCGAUUUGGAUGAUUCGUUUGCUCCGAUUUUCAACAGCACACAAAAACAGAAAUCGGAAAAGCGCCGAGAAGACGCGCCUCCUGCGAACCUCCCAAAGAAAAUUAAACUAGAUAAUGAGGUAGUAACGGGAAUAAGAGUGCCCGAAACGGGAAACCAUACUUCCCCGCCUAGCACAAAUACUGUCACAGGAAACUUUCCAGGACCGGCUGGGUUUUCGUCUUCUUCGAUAGUGGCUGACGAACCAUGGAAGAUAAUGGAAGCGGAUUUUUGCACUCCCAACGGACAGCAGCUGUACGAGAAAUACACCAUUGGCUGGAUAAAGGAAAAUUACCACUGCACGGAUGUCGACCGAAUGCCUUUCCUGGCUGCAGUCAUCGAGAAAAUCGAUAAUGUUACACUUGGCUGUAGGACCCAGUAUGUAGAUGUCACACUUAAGGAUGCCACAGGAGAAAUAGAUGCCGCAAUUAUAAAUAGUUGUUACAACACGAACUCUGAUUAUUUGAGGAACGGUUCGGUAGUCGUUUUGAAGCCUAUCGUGAGCCUAACUACCGUAGGUAGGUGCUGUUUGAAUAUAACCUCGGAUACUUUACUAGUUAUUUACCAUCGUAAAAAGUUUAAAGAGUCAUGCGAAAAAGAUAAGGUAGAAAAAAUUGUACUUCACGAGUGUUGUGCGGAGAAUAUUAGAAAAGAGGCUGCUGACUAUGAAAUGAACGUUUUGAAUUCAUCGAAGAAUAAAAUACAGUCAAAAACAACAACUAAAUCGUUAAUAGAGAAAAAUAUAAGUUCAUCAUCAAUAAAUAGGUUUAAUCGCUCCAAUAGUGGGUUGAAAAAUAUUAUUAAUCGCAAUGAUUCUGCGAAUAAGGUCAAUUUAUCACGUAUUAAUUCGUUGAGUAAUUUUCCGAGAACCCGUUGCGAUAAUGAGAGAAAUGACAAAAUUAAUGUGAUAACUUCGAAUUGUUCUGAUGAGAAAAAUGAGAAAAAUAAAGAUUCGGAAAUUAUUAAGGAUAUGCUCAAAGAAAUUGAUACUGAUUUUUUGUUUGAUGAAUUCUAAUUUUUUGUUAAAUGAGAGUCUAUAUUUUUGCUAUCAGUAUUUAAGAAAGAAUUAACUUGAUAUUUUUGUCCGAAUGAUUUUUAUAUAUUGUAAGUUAUCGAUUUUUUUUAUAUCGAUGAAAAUACAUAUUGAAUUUAUUAGUUUCUCCACCGC